AUGCACGACGACGAAGAGGUGGAAGGGGAUCAAACAUUACAAAAUGGAAAGUCCUAUGCCAUGGCCGAAGAAGCAACCGACUACAGCGUCUUCGCAAACCCACCGGACCUUGGGCGCAUGCGCCAAAGACUUUUUGAUCUGGAAGAGCCGAUCGAGGUGACAGUCGCCGAGUUCGAAGCAUACUAUUCAUUUGUUGACAACAUCUGGCGGAAGAUGAGAUCGGGCGAGCAGCCUGACAGCAGUCUGCGCACUGAGUAUUAUGCUUGCAGAUUGCGACGGACCACGACUGCAAAGCCUCACAUCCCUAGACCAACACCAGAAGGCAAGCAAUCGAGAAAGAAGAGGAUUCGAGACGACAAGACCUGUGGGAUGACAAUGAAGGUUGUCUACAACUCCGGACCCGCCAGUACCUGCACCAUAUCCAGAGGCGUUGACAACUUUCAGAAGCAUUCCCAUGAUUUGGACUAUAUCGACUCAACUAAGCGCAAUUCGGGCAUCAUGGACACUGCGCGGCGUGAAGCCACCAGAGGUUUCUUGCCUGCCUCGAUAUACUGGAAAAUGUGGGAGGAGCCCGACAAGAUGCACGCGGCUGGUGGGAAGUGGAUGAAGGUUUCGGAUGUCCGGAAUGUUCAGUAUGCCUGGCGGCAGGAAAACCAGCAAACUGUUUUAAAGGCGCAUACGGGCUUCAACCAGACCAGAGCGCCUCGUCAACGGCCUGCAACUCCACCUAAACCCGCUCAGCCUUCUGUCCAGCCUGGUGUUUUCGGGCGACUGGAACCCAGCAAGCCGGAGAUAGCCCGACCUGAGUUGCCGCCAGUGCAAAUGGAUACCUUGCAAUACCCACAGCAUGCCAGAGGUUUUCUAGAGCAAUACCUACCGGACCCCAAACUUGCCGCAAGUCGAGGCCGCCCACACGUAACCCUUACUUGGGCCAGCGGUCUUGACGGUCGAAUCACCCAGGUACCAGGCGUUCCUACGGCUAUUUCCGGGCCUGAGACGAAAGCAAUGACCCAUUAUCUGCGAAGUUGCCAUGAUGCGAUCUUGAUUGGUGUCACAACGGCGAUCGCAGAUGACCCGGCUCUGAACUGCCGACUUGCCAAUCCCGUAGGAUAUGGAGGAUUGCCCAGGGAAUACCAUCCUCGACCUAUCAUCAUCGAUCCACACGCACGCCUGCAUAUUCGCCCGGAGAUGAAGAUCCUCAAAGCUGCCUCCGAAGGGCGUGGAAAAGGACCAUGGGUUGUGGUGGCACCUGGGGCAAUGUUACAUCCCAUGGCUGUCAGCACAUUGAAGGCGCAUGGGGGCGAAUACCUCAUGAUCAACGACUAUCACCCACAAUCGGGGGGAUUGAAUUGGGAAGGAGUAUUUCAUGUUCUCUUUCGUGAAGGUAUCAAAAGCGUCAUGAUUGAAGGAGGCGGAAUCGUCCUUUCUGAACUGCUGAAAGUGCGCUAUGCACAUGUCAUCGAUUCUGUCAUCAUGACCUUUGCUCCAACCUUCUUCGGCAAGGCAGGAGUACCAGUGUCGCCUGAUCCGACCUUUGACUAUUCUGGCAGACCGAUAGCGACAAGGCUGAAGAAGGUGCGAUGGCAGCCAAUGGGAGAUGCCGAUGUUGUGCUUUGUGGUCAAAUGGUUGUCGACCGCCCUGCUAAUGGCAUCCUGCCCGGCAUCGAAGAAUUUUCUCAAGCGGCGCCAGAGCCUAAUCAACAGCAGAGGCUACCACCACCACCACAAGAGCAGUCGCAGGGGUCGCCGCCUUCGCAGCAACCACCAGUGCAGUAUCCACAACAACCACCUCAACAGCCGCAACCCCCAGUGCAACAGGCGAAUACCCUUGCUCCUCAAGUGCCUGCACCCGGUCCAGGAGCAGCAGCAGGAGCCGCGUCAGAUGCUGGUCACUCUCGAUCACCGACUGCACCUCUUCGAGCUUCGCCUGGCAGCUGA